AAAAGUUCGCGUUUCUAUCUCGAUAUCUUAUUAAUACCUUAGGUACCUAUAUCCAACAUCAAAUUCCGGGCAACACCUAUUACAUUUUAUAAGUCCCGGAAUCUUAUCACGUACCUAGGAUACUCUGCUCGUGAUGUUUUCUUUCUCUGCGCCGAGCGUCCAUCAAUCUUCAAAAUGCUUCGUCACAUACGGAGUGAUGGGCCAUCCCGACCCCCAAAACUUACCAACGAAGGGAAAACCCUGGAGCACGUUAUUGUCGCAAGACUUCGUUUACAAAGUUGAUUUAAUUCUCCCAGCAGAACUAACGCAGCUCGUCAAAGACAAGCUCAUAGGUGAUCCGAGCCGAGCACCUGUAUUUUAUAAGGUCAUCAUGAAACUUGGACAAGUCCUAGAGGGUGACUUCUUCACCGAAUACAUCAAGAUAGGCAAUAUCAUGAUGCUCUCGGAGGGAAGAAUAGAUUCCGAGAAUGUGUUUUCUCUAAAAGAAGGCGUGCUCACUAUGUAUCUCGAUAAAGAGACGUAUGAGCGAGCUGGGCUUGUUGGAAGACCUCACGGAGUUAAGGGUAAACGAGGCCUCAAGCCGAGAUGGAUUGUACAAUUCGAUCUUCGAAGCCCCUCGAUGCUUCACGGGAAGAAGGGUUUUGAUAGAUUAGCAUACGCAUGCAAGAAUGUCUUCAACGCGCCUGUCACAUGGCUUUUUCACAAUCUUUCGAAGACACCCGUCCCUGAUCCUCUCUCGCGGCACUAUCCUGUGAAGUAUACAUCAUAUCCUAAGAUCUCCGAGGAUAUCUCUGCAAAGAUGCCAUCGCUCAAACCUCCAGCCACUAUUUUAUCAAACCAAAGUCGGUUAGAUUUAGAUGAAUUCGCCACGGACUUAUACGAGUGGCUGUCUCUAGUCAGACUUGAUAGUCCGCGAAUCAACGUGGAUGACAAAAUCGACCCAUAUCUGUCUAGUUACGCCGUUCCUGGUGAUCUCGAUGACCUUUCGGAAGGGAAGCUGUGCCGAAUUAGCUGGCAAGGCUUUGUCCCGCCGAGGUGGACUCGACAAACAUUGGUGGAUGUGAUACUCGCCCUGCCAGCCAAGUCAUGGUUUUCCCUAAGUACUACAACGUUCGCGAGAGAUAUCAUCGGAGACAGCGCCGACUGUACUAUUUUCAGACCACCUAACGCGUCUGGGGAGUAUCUCCUUUGGGAUAUCAGGAAACAUAAUUGAGACACAUCGCAUUCCUAAUU